AUGACUCCUAAAUUGAAUGUACAACCAUCAUUAGAAACUGUACAAGAGGUACUCUCUGCAUCUCAAAACUCUUCGAAUUCCCCAAACCUCGUUCCGAUAUGUGCGACGAUACCCGCAGAUAUAUUAACUCCUACGCUGGCAUACCUGAAGAUCUCGGCUAAGUCCAAUGCCAGCUAUUCUUUCCUAUUCGAAAGUGCUGCUAGCUCCGAGACUAUUGGCAGAUAUAGUUUCGUUGGUGCAGAUCCAAGGAAGAUACUGAAAACCGGUCCUGGCCAUGGACCUGAGUGUGACCCGUUGCCUUUUCUCGAGGAAGAGUUGGCACAAUACCGAGAAGCAGUCAUCCCAGGACUCAUAUUACCUCCACUCACCGGAGGAGCCAUUGGCUAUGUGGGCUAUGAUUGCGUUCGAUACUUCGAGCCACGGACAGCCCGGAGAAUGAAAGACGUUCUCAAAGUUCCCGAAUCCCUCUUCAUGCUCUUCGACACAAUCGUGGCUUUCGACCAUUUCUUCCAGGUGGUUAAAAUCAUUACGUACCUACAUGUACCUCCAUCGCCUACAAAUCCCGCCUCCAUCUCAUCUGCUUAUCAAUCCGCCUAUGAAAACCUCACCACCACAAUCUCGAUCCUCCAAUCCCAAGACAUACCUCUUCCGCCUCAGCCUCCAAUAGCGCCGAACCAGACCUACGAAUCCAACCUUGGCCAAGCUGGGUACGAGGCUCAUGUCAUCAGCCUCAAGAAAGAAAUCCAACGUGGCUCUAUAAUACAAGCGGUCCCAUCCCACCGCAUAGCGCGGCCCACGACCCUCCACCCUUUUAACAUCUACCGCCAGCUCCGAACCACCAAUCCCUCACCAUACCUAUUCUACAUUUCUUGUUCCACGUUCCACCUUGUGGGUGCCUCACCCGAACUCCUCGUCAAACGCGAGGAAGACACCCAUCGUAUAAUUACGCAUCCUAUCGCUGGCACUGUUAAGCGUGGUGCAACCCUUGCUGAGGAUCUCAAGCUCGCUAACGAAUUGCGGGCAAGUCUGAAAGACAGGGCUGAACAUGUCAUGCUUGUUGACCUUGCCCGCAACGAUAUCAAUCGUGUCUGCGACCCCAUCAGUACGAGAACGGAUAGACUCAUGGUCGUCGAAAAAUUCUCCCAUGUCCAGCAUCUCGUUUCGCAAGUGAGUGGCCUUUUGCGAGAAGGGAAAUCACGUUUUGACGCUUUCCGCUCUAUAUUUCCUGCUGGCACUGUCAGCGGCGCCCCUAAAGUCCGUGCUAUGGAACUUAUCGCUGAGCUAGAAAAGGAGAAACGAGGUGUCUAUGCCGGCGCAGUUGGGUAUUUUGGCUACGGAAAUGUUGAUCAGGCUGGAAAAGAGACUGAAGGUGCGAUGGAUACCUGUAUUGCCCUGAGGACUAUGCUUGUUAAGGAUGGAGUUGCCUAUCUGCAGGCUGGUGGAGGCAUAGUGUGGGACAGUGUACCAGAGGAGGAGUGGGUCGAGACGAUGAAUAAGGCCGCUGCUAACGUUAGGUGUAUUGCAGCUGCUGAGGAGAGGUACGCUGGAAUGGAAAUGCACAAUAAAGAUGGUACACAAGAAGAGACAAUAAGGGGUGGAAAUGGGCACAUGCAUGUUGACAUGGCGGCUGGUUGA